GGGUGGUACGCCGGGAGCUGGAAGACAGGUCUCUAUGGUCAAGUAACUAUAGAGCGGGCCUCUCUUCCCCCACGUGGUGGGGCUGCGCAUGAGCAGUCGUCGCAGCUUCGGAAACAUGGCGGAGGAAGAGCAAAGAAAAAAGAUCCCGUUGGUUCCAGAAAAUCUCCUGAAAAAGAGGAAGGCUUAUCAGGCCCUUAAAGCCACUCAAGCAAAGCAGGCACUUUUGGACAAGAAGGAGCAGAAGAAAGGAAAACAGCUCAAGUUUAAGCGACUGGAAUGGUUCUUACAUGAUUCCUGGCGGCAGCAACGUGACAGGGUGCGCCUCAGAAGACUAGAAGUGAAACCUCGUGGCCUGGAAGUGCCAGAUAAACAUUCCUUGGCCUUUGUUGUACGCAUCCAAAGGAUUAAUGGGGUGAGUUCACUGGUGCAGAGGACCAUUGCAAGGCUUCGCCUGAAGAAGAUUUUCAGUGGUGUCUUUUUCAGAGUAACCCCCCAGACCAUAAAAACGCUGCGUGUAGUGGAACCUUAUGUGGCCUGGGGGUUUCCAAAUCUGAAGUCUGUCCGGGAACUCAUCUUGAAACGUGGACAAGCCAAGGUCAAGAAUAAAACCAUCCCUUUGACAGAUAAUACAGUGAUUGAGGAGCACCUGGGGAAGUAUGGUGUUAUUUGCCUGGAAGACCUCAUUCAUGAAAUUGCCUUUCCGGGGAAGAAUUUCCAGGAGAUCUCUGCAUUCUUACGUCCUUUCCAUCUCUCAGUGGCCCGUCACACUACCAAGAAUAGAGUGGGCUUCCUGAAGGAGGUGGGCUUACCUGGCUAUCGAGGUGAACGCAUCAAUCAGCUCAUUCGACAGUUGAAUUAAACCCAGCAUAUCUGAAAACACAGCACAUCGGUGGCGCGUGUUUUGUCUCUUAGAAUUGUUACCAGUAUCUUCGAAGAAGAUUAUUUUCUGUUAUAUCUUGAGAAACUAGAGGAAGGGUCAGGGAAAAAAUGAUGAUGAUCUGGCAGGCAUUUGUCAUCACAGCCCAGUUCCAAGGGAAAGUUCCAGUGUGUUUUCCACGUUGCCUACCCCCACCACCUCUGACGUCAGCGAAAGACUCCUGCCACGGAAGGGGAAGUUCUGCCGUGUCACAUCUUCUAUCCUGGGGUUUAAAGUUGGUGAACGAAUACCCAGGCAUGAAUACAAGACAGCAGUGGACCAACCUCAGGGACGUACUUGAACCUAGGGGUUUCUAGGGCCUUGUUUUGGAAGGAACUUGAAAUACAACUACAAAGAAGAACACAAAAACAGUGCUCAGUUGUCUCUGCUGUGAGUCCCUGUUCUCGCUUUUCAGUGACAGCUUUGCAAGGUCUCAGACUUGGAUGGCCCUGAGGUGUAUCUGGUGGCUUCCUUAGCCUAGCCGUGAUUGACCUAAUCCUUUUCUUUAGCUCAGAUUCUUAACCUAUUCUUGGGUCUGUGAGAAGGGAAAGACCCUUUUUCCAGGAAAAUACAUAUAUUCAGAUUUU